AUGGGAGACCUGUGGUUGCUCCUCCUCCUGCCCCUGUCCCUGGCAGCCUACCAUGGGGUCAAAGGCUGCUUGGAAUGUGACCCCAAAUUUGCAGAAGAUAUUAGGUUCUUGCUGGCAGAGAUGGUACCCUCAGAAGUCCCGGGCCGAAUUCAUCUGCUUGAACGGCAAAUUAAGGAGAUGAUCCGUUUAAGCGUCAAGGUCUCCCACAGGGACAAGACACUUCGGGUAUUGGCUGUUGAUGAUGUUAUCAAGUUGAGAAUAUGGCUGAAGAAUGAACUUUAUAAACUGGGCAAUGAAACAUGGAAAGGUGCCUUUAUCCUUCAAGGCAAGCUUCUCAACGUCCGCCUAAACCUGGAAUCCAAACUGAAAGAGAUGUUAAAGAACUUCUCUGAAGUUGCUUGUUCUGAAGAUUGCGUCGUGACUGAAGGUCCUAUCCUGGAUUGUUGGACCUGCCUUCGCAUCAACUCCCCAUGCUUCAGAGGAGAGUAUUGUGGAGAAGAGGAUCCAAAGAAGGCUGAGAAUCGAGAGAUUGCACUAUUUCUGAUAUUGCUAACAGAAGUUGUGAUAUUGGGAAGUGCUUUGAUACUAUUCCAUAUUUGUGUGUUUCAUCGGAGGAAAAUGAAGGCAAUACGAAGAUCAUUAAAGAAAUACUUGGAGAAAAAACUUGAAGAAUUAAUGGGGAUGACAGAUGAGAAGGCAAAGGAUGAUUUGGGAAUCAGAUAG